GGCAUUUAUGUCACUGAAGUGUACGACAACAGUCCAGCACAAAAAUGUGGGCUUAAAGUUCAUGACAAAAUUUUGCAAGUCAAUGGAUAUGAUUUCACGCUCGUUACCCACGAGAGGGCGGUUGAAUACAUCAGGAAAAAUUCAGUCUUAAACAUGCUGGUGGCGAGGAAAGGUGUCACACAUUCAUGAAUCAUCAAAGAACUGCUCUAGCUGGCUAGAUGCAUGUCUUCCUUCAAUCCUGCUUUUAUCAACCAAGGUUAUUGCAGAACGUCUUUCACAAUGUCUUGUAUCGUCAGAAAGUUUUCUUUUUUUUAUAUCAGAGUACUUGUUUUUAUUGUAUUGAUAUCUAUUCAUGUUAUUAUAUAUCCUCUAGUUGAUGCAGUUGCAUCUCUUUAAGUCUUGUUUUAAAAGUUUAUAAAGCAAUUAAAGCAUUAAGGGGGGAAACCAGUUUAAACCAGUCAAAAAAUCAACUUUUUUUAUGUCAUGAAAUGUUAGUAAAACUAUUCAAGAAUAUGUUGCCAAAAUUUGAGUGAAAAAUUCCGAUUAAUUCCAAUGCUGUGAGCACUUAAAGUGACUGUAGAGAUUCGAAAACAUUCACAGCAUUUGUUUUCAAACACAUUUUUCUCGAAACAACUUUUUUUCAACUGCGCAUUCUAGCUCAAAGAGGUUUUGACCAAUCAUUCUGAAAAUUUGUGAAUAUUCUUUAUUCAAUUGUACACUAUAUGAACCUUACUCUUUGAUGAUAUUAUUAAUAAAAAUAUUUUUUUAAUGCAAGAAGUGUGAAAAAAAUGGUAGAAAAACGUAAUUAUAAACUAACACCUCAAAAACGUGCAAUUUUCAACUUUUUUGAUCACACUUAGAUUUAUAUUCUCAGGAAAUAUGU